AGGGGCAGACUUAUUUGACUGUGGGAUCAAGUUGAUGAAACUAGUCUUCUUUAUCUUGAAAAAUGCCAUGGUAACAGGAGGCGCCCGGGAGCUUAAGUGUAACUCCCACACCGUAAAGAAAAUGACGAAAGUUCCUCAGGGGUUUGAUUUCAGUUUCUUAAAUGACGAAGAAGCCAGGAAGAUCCUUCAGGUGCUGGAAAGAAAUGAGGAGCUACGGAGGGCAGAGAAGGACAGGAUCAGCAAACUUCAGAAGACAAAGCGGGAUAUCAGAUGGCUUCAAGGAGUGACCGGUGAAUGGUUUGAAGAAAUUCAAAGAAAAAAGUUUUGCAAUGAAACAGAUGUUAGCCAAAUGUUAAAACAACCACUUACAUAUAGGCUAAGGAAGGAGAUGGCAAAAAAUGAAUUAGAAACAUCAAGAUCUAAAAAUUUAACUAAUCAAAAAAAACCAACAUCUGUUCCUUCCCGGCUGAGCUUCAGAUCAUCACUUGCCUCUCUGUUCUCAUUCAGGAAAUCUGGAAAGGAGACUUCAAAGCUUCAAUCUCAAGGGCAGAAAGGAUGGGACAGCGGUGUAGGAUCUCCUGUGUCUGUGGGGAGAGCUGCUGGGCAGGCAAAAAUAUACAGUUCACCUCUUGAAAAUCAACCGGUCAACAGUGCAUUUGCCCCCAGGCCAGCAGUCAUGAGGGAGGAAAGUGGCAUGCCGCCUCCCUGGGAUGCCCCCCUGCUGGAAAACGAGUUUUUCCAAGUUUUAGAUGAUUUGGAUAGCAAACUGGCUCAGGAACAAGCUGCAAGCACAGUGAAUACCAGAACACCCUUCAACUAUGGAUCAAGAGCACAGUUUAGUGAUUUUUACUCCACUGGGAAUAGACAUGGUAAUAUCACAGGAAGGCAUAAAAAUCACUAUAAUGAAACUUCCAACAUGUCUAUCUAUGACAUCCUAAGACCAAGAACUCCGAGGGAAGGUUUUAAAACCUUUUCUCCUAGGACAAGGACAAUUUAUGACAUGUACAGGACAAGAGAGCCCAGAAUCUUAAAAGAAGAUUAUGUGCAGAAGAAUACUUUUGGUAGUACGUCUCUGUGUUUUGACAGCAGACAGCGAUCAGCCUUCCCAGCCAGAGGGCGUUUCACAACAAAAAGCUUACAUUUUCCAUCCACAACUCAGAGCAAGAGUGGAUUUGUACCACCAAGGCACCAACAGAGCCCAAAGAGAACUCCUUUGUCAUCCAUCAUAUGGAAUAGAGUAGAUUCUUCUAGAGACAGGCAGAACCAGGAGGAGUGCGGGGCGGCACCGUCACCCAUGGAAAUUGACCCUGCUGACCAGUAUAGGUAUCCUAGGUGUCUUCAGGAGAAUAAGAGAUACGAAUUGUACCAUUCACAGAAUGUUUACCAAGGUGCUGGUUUAAAUGCCCGCAUGGACAAUGCCAUGAGUGCUGACACAUUUGAGAACUCAGAGAACAUGCCAUUCUACCGUCAAGACAACCCAUUUGCCAGGUCUUUCUUUAGGAAUACCUUUGGACGAGGCAGAGAACAGAGAUUUGGACAAAGUCCUUUUGGGGGCCAUCGGGAAGAACAUUCUUCCUGGUCUGACAUUCAUCACAGAAGGAAAUCCUUCACUUCUGAUGGAGACUUUGAAAUGAUUUCCAUUGAAGCAGAUAGUGCAUCAGCCUGUCACGGCCAUAGUGUUUCUUCUGAACACUGGGAAUCAUUUUCUUCUGGUUAUGGAACAAAUGUUUCUAGAGGCCAAGAAAAGCCACAUCCCUGGCAGUUUGAUUUUCAGGCAUCCAGCAUGGAGAGCAUGGAGCUAUCACAAGAUAAUCGGGGCCAGGUGACUCCUCAUUUCGGCACACCAAACGUUUGCUCCAUGACUAGUUCCAGCUAUCACAUCAGGUCUGGUGGGCUGGAGUAUCAGCAGGGCAGUUCUCCUGUGGAAGUACAUAUGAAUAAAGAAACGCCCUCAUUUGGAAUUGCUCAGACUACGGCAUCCACAUUCAAAUCUUCCUUUCCCCACAUUCCUGAUGGCAAAGGGAAUCCCCCGAGUUCCAAUUUUCAGAAUCCUACAGUCACUUUGCAAAAAAUUAUCCCUGAUAAGCCUGCCACUUACCAAAGAAGCCCUACAGAAGUCACCAUCACCAAAAGGCAUUCUGUUGAUUCUUCACCACUUGCUGAAAGUCAGCCUGAUAUCUUGGUCACAGAAGUGAAUAAUGAGAAAGAAUUAAAUGGCUCUAUUCCGGAGGAUGACAGACAGCUAAGCACGAUGGACCAGACAAACAUGCCAGGGUUCUCCAGGAGAAGUCCUCUACACAAAGAUCCAUCUCUGGGAGAAAGAGAAGAAAGAGAGAAUUCGAGGAAGAACCAAAACAAUCAGUUUGCUGUCAACCCCUCAGAAAGCCAGCAGAGUCAUGACAGUCACGUGGCUGCACGUGAUGAAGAGGUCGCCGGCAAGGGCCCUUCCCACUCUCCUUUCAGGAGUGGAAAGGGGAAAGGAAAAGUAAGACGACGCAUAUCCUGCAUUGAAAAGUUAAGCAAGACAGAAAGCACAGCCAUACCCGCGAGUGACAGCAGCAGCCUCACUGAGGUGAAUCAGGGCAACUCCAGAGCUUCUAAGCUGGACACAAUUUAUUGUACUUUGCCAAGACAAUCAACCAGUUUUCUCAUAAACAGCAGGCAGUCAGGAAGUCAGAUACUGGCUGCUUCGUUUAGGAAUGGGCCACCCCCUUUCCAAGUCAAAAAUAAUGUGGAAGAUCCAAGAGCAAAAGGCGCCUCAAACAGAUUCUCUCCCAGUUCUCCAGAGUCAGUGAGUGAGUGUUCUAAAGACACUUCAGACUCAGCCCCAGUAGUACCUGAAGUCACAGCAAGAAUGAAAAGUAUGAAAAUCACUGGAUCUGCUUCUGUUAGAAAAGGACCUCUUCCUUUCUUCCUCAACAGGGCUACGGCACGUCCUUUGCAGAAGCCAUCGGCCUCAACUGGGAGAGAUGAAGGGGAAAAGUCUCCAGUGUCAGACACAGAUGCUCCCGCUCUAACACCCAGGCCUCGGGAGAGAAUCGUUAGCCCUGUGCAGAGUGACUUACAUGUUGGACGCUGUUCUUUAACCCAAAGACACCACCAAACGGAGCGCUCUCAAGAAAGCACUGAAGAGGAUGGUAAAAUUGCUGCCUCCAGGACAAGUGCAUUUGCCCUUCCAAAUGAAGACCCUUUACCUGUUUGUUCAGAAUUUUCAGGAAAAGAAAGUGGGAAAACACUGCAUCAAUUUAAGACUACCAGUAUGUUUUCUGUUUCUGGUGAUGAAGAUAAUGUGAAAUGUCUUGAGGUCGUUUCAAUAUAUUACACUUUACCGAGGAAACCCAGCAAAAAAUUCUGUGACCUCCUUCAACGGUAUACCCAAAAUACCGAUUCACACAUAGAAUCACCUCACGUGGAGACUGAGACACUUCCUAAUGCUUUAGAAGAAGAUAACCUAAAUUAUUCUACACAAGAGCAGUCAAGAACACCUCCACCUGAGAGUCUCCAGAAGCCGGUCACAUCUGCUCAGAAGAACACUCAUUGUCUUUCUUUCACCACUGAAAACAGGACCAUCUUACAGUCACCAAUUAGGGGGCCCUCAGAGCCUACAUUGCAGGAAAUGGUUCCUGAUGAGGAAGACAUUUCUGUUUAUAAAAAUGAAUCUAAGACUAGAGAGAUUUUCCCAGAUAAUUUAGCUAAAACACCUCUAGGUAUUUCACGAAGCAGGAGAGAAAAGGGGAAAAAGUUGAUGCUUCCGGAAAAAAAUAUUACAGAAGAAAAAUCUGAAAAUUGUCAACCAUCCAUUAAUUCAGGUAACAGUGGUCCCUCUAGUCUCCUGGCCCAUUCAGAAGACAAUGUUGAAAAUUCCCACACCAGAAGUUCUGGGAAACAUGCAGGUUGUGGCAUAGACAUUAUAUCUUUGAGAAAUGGGAGGUCUCCUCAGAAGGACCACAUGGGCAGAGCUGUAGCUGAUAGCUCUAAUAGAGUGCAGCCUAGGGAAGACAGAGAGGAAAUUGGAGCCAACUGCCAAAAAAUGAGUAAUGAAACACCUUCUGACUCAGAGAGCCAAGUCUUUGCUCUUAUGCCAGCAUUGCAAAACCUACAGCUUGUUGAGGAGGCGCAGUCAGGUGAGCCAGACUCAGAGGGUUCGCAGUCUGAAGCCAGAGAAUUACCUCAGAGAAGUCAGGAAGUAAAGACGACAGACAGCAGGGAGGCUACAGAGGAAAUGCAGAAGUUUUUCUCGGAUGAUCUAGAAAAAGAGGAAAACAGGUAUUCGGUUAACCACAGAUUCUCAGCCAUAUCUAAAGCAAGCAGAAAAUUCCCUGCUAAAGAUUUAAGCCCCAGAAGACAUGUAGCUACUAUCUUCCCCCAAACUGGGAACACGUCUGGCUUUGGCCAUUUAUCUCUUGGAACACCAGAGUGCAGCCCACUGUCCCCUGAGCCUACUCCAAAGUCUGCAGAGGCCACAGGGCAGAGCAGGUUGAGUGAUGAUGGAGUGAAGGUCAGGAGUUCUGAGAACCCUCUCCAGGUCACUGUAAUGCCCAACAGAGAACCUUCUCCACUUUUUAGCAGUCAGAAACCUAGUAGCAUUUCACAAGUCUGUCAGAAUGAGUUUAGAAAUACCUCAGAAUCACCACCAAAGCGUGAGGAUUCUAAAGCUGUAACAGUAACCCAGAGUUUGGAGAAAGAAUCGGGAGCACCGGCCCAGCUCACAUUCACCAGCCCCAGGGAAGCAGAUUUCUCUGACCACCAGAGGAGGCUAAGCCCUCCUUUUCCGUUGGAGCCUAAACAGAAACCCAGAAUGAGCCUCCCAGUGGCCAGCUCACAGCAACAACAAAGGAGUGCUUCAACUCUGGAGUGGGAAUCUGAGUCGCACCUCUAUCGGUCCAAGAGCUUAAAAAGCAUUAAUGUGCAUGGGGAUCAGCUAAGAAAAAGUCUUCCUCCGAAAGGCAGGGAGCGCCAUUUUUCUGAAAGCAUUUCUACUGACAAUGCCCUGACUCGACUGACCCUUAGGAAUGAAUUCUCCGUCAACAAUGGGUAUAGCAGAAGAUUCAAAUCUUUUUCUGAGCUUCCUACCUGUGAUGAAAAGGAAAGUUGGGCUGUGUAUAGCUGUAGGACCAAAGCAGGUCCCAGGUCUGCCACGUCUAUAUCCAGACCUAUUGACUAUGGGAUUUUUGGGAAAGAACAGCAGUUAGCUUUCUUGGAAAAUGUAAAGAGGUCACUCACGCAAGGAAGAUUAUGGAAACCAAGUUUUCUUAAGAACCCUGGCUUCCUAAAAGAUGAUGUGAUUAGCCCUUCCAACGCAUCUGAGUCACUAAGCUCAAAUUCUAUUGGGGGGCCAAUGCCAGAGGGUGGCUUAUCUCCAAGUGAGCCGCUUAAUAUCUAUGAGGACGACCCAGUGGACUCAGAUUGUGACACAGACACGACCACAGAUGACGAAUACUAUCUGGAUGAAAAGGAUAAAGAGUCAGAACUAGAUAAAGGAAUUUUCAUAAGGACAUCCUGUUACAUCUUCAGUGGAGCCCAGGAGACACAUGUUUAAAGCACAUGUCAAGGUUAUAGACGAGAGGCUGAAUCUCUAGUAAGCCAAUGGAAGAUGAGUGCUCCUGGGAAUUCCUCUGAAACAGUUUGUGGGGACUGGCUGAAUUAGUAAGGCAUGAAUCUUAAUUGAGGCAGAGACUUGGGCCAGGCAACCUGACCAUACGUGGGUGCAUGGCCACAAAAUUUCUGCUUAAGGAGGGAACAAAUGAGGGUGAAGCCAAGGAGAUCCGUCUUCCCGGGACACACUUACCUUUACUAUAGAGCUCUCAGCAGUUGGUCUGUCCUCUUUCCCCAGAGCUAUCUGUUUCCCCACUUUCUUUAUUUGCAGGAUAGAACACUUCUUUUCAAGUAGGACAUUUUAGUCCUAAGUAUCAAGUGGGAACCUUAUCCAGUCCCUAAAAUACAGUCAAGUCAGAUCUGAUACCUCGGGAUGCACAAGCUUCUCUGCAGGGUCACUCACCAAACCCUCGAGACAUUCUAAGGCAGAGCUCCUAAAGGCGUGUUCUUGUAAAAUUUUCAAUACUUUAUCUAGAGUAAAUUACUUAUGCUAGCCGCUGGUAAUUUGGCUUUCCCAGCUCCUUAGUUGUGUAAAACAUCAGGGGAUUUCUCUCCUAGUUCAGGAUAAAGACCAACAGAUGGCAGUGACCGUCCUACAUAGGGUCCUCGGCAUUAGUGGAGUUUAUCUUGUUUGGUUUAUAUUUGCUGCCUGACCUGAUUUUAUUUUCCAUUUUUCUCUCCAUAUAAAUUAAAAUGAAUGGUAGGUGUAUAGAGAUCUGGAACUGCUAGAAAUGCAGGAAAGAACUAUAUUACUAUUUUCCUCCGUAUCAUUGCCUUGCUGAGUAGCAAAACAUCAGGGCUGCUUCACGUUCUUCCCAUGCAACUCACAACUAAUGAUCAGGUAACUAAAAUGAAAGCUGCUCCUUAAAUUUCAAGCUACGACCAAUCUCACGCUCAAAGACUGGUAAUAACAUUGUAAACCAACUGUUGUAAACUUUUGAACUCAGAUUUACGUGGUAAAGAAUAACAUUUUAUUCUGUUUAAUGUAUGUUUUUAAAUUCUAC